AUGUCUCGUGCUGUGUCCUCAUCUCGCUUUCGCAAGGCGAACCCAAACCGCAAUACCAGUUUCUGCCCGUUUGUCCUUGUUCAGCAUCGAAAGCAGCAUUGCGAUCUGCCUGAAAUCUUGCAAAUUACCGGUUGUACACGCGAUGGUCUUUCACGCCAAGCGCCGCUGGGUGGCAGCGUGCUUCGAUCAGACACGGUGUAUGUGCUGCUGGUGGUGGUCAUCCUUCGUACGGGCGCCCAAAAGCUGCAAGAACAGGGUGGCAAAGUACGCGAUGCGCAGAUCGGUGUGGCCGACACCAUAGCUGAGCGGCUGUUGCGGGCGUCGGCGACUUUUGGGCGGCUGCCGGGCAAGCACGAUGACGCCGUCGAUCCUCUAGCCGCAUUGCCGCAUUGCCGCACUGCCGCUUGGGACAGGGGGCGUCCAGGCAGCGCUAGCGUUGACGCCGAUGGACAUGCCGAGCUGGGGGGGAUGGGCAAGGUGGGAAGCGAUGGUCAGUCGAAAUUUGUAGCGCUAUUGGUCUUGACAAAGGGUUCAAAGUUCGGCGCGGAUGUGCCGCGUCAGGUUAACGACAGUGCUGCAGAAAGGCAUGCAGAUCUGCAUGCCACAGAUGUGGACUCCGGCAGCGAUGCCGACGUUGCCAGGCUGGCGGCGACUCGGAUUGAUUUUUCGAGCGACUCCGAGCUGGCCGGUGGCGAAGCAGAAGAAGGAAAGAAAAAAAACAAGCUUCUGCCGAGCUGGCAAGUGUCGCGCAGGUGCUUGCAGCUGCUCCGACGCCUGCUCCGCGUUGGCUCGCUGGCAGGCGGGUCGGCGAGCCCUAUUGAUCGACGCGUCGUGCACGCGGUUCUUGCAUGCCAGCACUGGCAUCCGGCGCCCCGAAACGCAGGAUUGCAUUGGCAAACUUGCUGGCGUGCAGAUGGCGAACCGUCGGGUGCCUUGCCUCUGCUCGCUUGUGCUGCCGCCGCCGCUCGCGCCCUGCUCGACAGAUGUCGUUUGCCCAUGCACGCUCGUCCUCGGGGCUCGGUGCUCGGGACUGCCGCAGCACGCUCUUCCUCCUAG